AUGCAGUAUCGCAGCCGGCCGGUCUCCGUCGCCGUCGACCCCGUCUCGCUGGUCAUCUCCGAGUGCAUCGCCAUCACCUCGGCGAUCCAGAAGUUCGCCCGCUCGCCGCACUCGUCCGUCUCGGCCAUCCUGGGCGGCGGACCAAGCCCCGUGCAGCUGGGCCCCCCGAGCCCGGGCCUGCGAAGCAAGAGCAAGAGCCAGGCGGCGAAUCUGGUGGGAGAUGGCACAAAUGACUUGGUCAGGUGGGGACUGCGCGGCAAGAAGGGAAAGAGCAUGCAGGAUAAUCCCCUGAUCUCUGGCUUUGGAAGGCUGCGACAUGAGUUGACAGGAAUCAAAGAUAUAUACAAGUUCGAUUCUUUGAUGCUACUCUAUCCUUUCCUCCAGAUCAUACAGACCAAGGGCACGGCUGCCCCCGUAACGGUGCUGGCGCUGAGAGCUAUUCGAAAGUUCCUUGCGUACGGCUUCAUUGGUCCCGACGCCCCUCGAUUCGCCCUCGCCAUGCAGUCCCUUUCAGCGGCUAUCACCCACUGCCAAUUCGAUAUUAGCGACUCAGCGCAGGAGGAGGUUGUUCUGCUGAUGAUACUGCACUUGAUGGAGGACAUGCUCGCAGGGCCGGGAGGGGAUAUUCUCAGCGACGAGAGCGUCUGCGACAUGAUGGGCCGGGGCCUCACGAUUUGCUCUCGGGCGAGGUUCUCUGAGGUCCUGAGACGGACUGCAGAGGCUUCUAUGGUGCGAAUGUGCCAGAUUAUCUUUGAGGAUCUUAAGCACCUGGAAGAGGAAGCUGGUGAAGAGAGUGAUGCCUUGGACAAGAAGACCAAUGGAGACAUGGACAAUGUCAAGAUGGACCCCUCUGCAAACGGGACUGACAUCCCUGCAUCCCCACAACCCACGCCGAGUGACCCUCGCCCGUCUGAGAGCUCCGAGAAGGAAGGCAGUACGGGCGAGUCAUCUGGAAGCGGGGAGGGUGAUGCAACUAGCACUGCUACGGAAACUGAAGACACGCCCUCUAUAGACCUCAGGCCGUACUCUCUUCCCUCCGUUCGAGAGCUCUUCAGGGUUCUUGUCAGCUUCUUGGAUCCCCAUGAUCGUAAGCACCCUGAUCAGAUGAGAGUCAUGGCUCUUCGGAUCAUUCACGUGGCCCUGGAGGUUGCCGGUCCGUCAAUAGCACGGCACCCUGCUUUGGCUUCAAUCGCCGAGAACCAAUUAUGUUCCCACCUUUUUCAGCUUGUCAGAUCGGACAACAUGGCUAUUCUCCAAGAGUCUUUGAUCGUUGCGGGUACUCUACUUUCAACCUGCCGAGGAAUUUUGAAGCUACAGCAGGAGCUCUAUCUGUCAUAUUUGGUAGCGUGUCUUCACCCGUCUGUGGAGAUUCCGAGAGAAGCUGGCAUUGACCCAUCGCUCUAUUCUGGUAUUCCCCAGACGCCGAAGCUUGUUAAGCCUCCUCCGUCUCAGACAAGCAGCGGCCGCUCAACGCCUGUCCCGAUAAAAGACCGUCAAAAACUAGGCAUGGAGGGUGGUGCUCGCAAGCCAGACGCACGGCAAGCCAUGGUCGAAAGCAUUGGUGUCCUUGCCAGGAUGCCAACUUUUAUGGUCGAGUUGUUUGUCAACUAUGACUGUGAUCAAGAUCGCGCGGACUUGUGUGAAGAUAUGGUUGGGCUGCUCUCUCGAAAUGCACUACCAGACUCAGCAACAUGGAGCACGACUAGCGUUCCUCCUCUCUGUCUUGAUGCUUUGCUGAGAUUUAUCCAGUUUAUUGCGGAGCGACUGGACCAACCACCCACGACUAAAGGCUACCCUGACCCUGACCGGCUCAGAGAGCAGCGUCGCAAGAAGAAGUUGAUUGUGAAGGGCACUAGCAAAUUUAACGAAAGCCCGAAAGGCGGUCUUGCGUACCUUCAGGACAAGGGCAUUAUUGAAAAUGCCAGUGAUCCCAAGUGCGUCGGCAAAUUCUUCAGGGGCACUUCACGGGUGAACAAGAAGGUGCUGGGAGAAUUCCUGUCUAAGAGGGGAAAUGAGCCCAUCCUGGACGAGUUUAUGAGUGCGUUUGAUUUCGCCGGCAAGCGUCUUGAUGAAGCUCUCAGAGUGGUUCUGGAGAGCUUCCGUCUUCCCGGUGAGACCCAAUUGAUCCAGCGUAUUGUUGAAAUCUUCGGAGAGAAAUAUUGUGAGCAAGCACAGGCAGAAGAGGUUGCCGACAAGGACGCUGCCUUCAUUCUCGCCUUUGCGGUCAUCAUGCUCAAUACCGACCAGCACAAUCCGAACAUCAAGAAAGAGAAGAGAAUGGACUUCACGGCCUUUGCGAGAAAUCUACGCGGCUCGAAUGGAGGGAAGGAUUUCCCGCCUGAAUACCUGCAGGCCAUAUAUGAUGAGAUCAAGACAAACGAAAUCAUCCUGCCAGAUGAACAUGACAACCAGCAUGCCUUCGAUUAUGCAUGGAGAGAAUUGCUUGCCAAAACAGAUUUUGCAGGACCUCUGGUUUUCUGCGACACCAACAUAUACGACGCCGAUAUGUUUGCCACAACAUGGAGGCCAAUUGUUUCAACGCUGUCCUAUGUAUUCAUGUCGGCAACCGAUGACACAGUCUUUGCACGUGUUGUCUCUGGUUUCGACGAGUGUGCUAGGAUAGCAUCCAAGUAUGGCAUUACCGAAGCGCUGGAUCAGAUUAUCUACUCCUUGAGUUUCAUGACCACUCUCUCAACCGAGAUACCAUCAAACACAAACUUGAACACAGAGGUCCAAGUCGGUGAGAACAGUGUUAUGGUUAGCGAGCUUGCUGUUAAGCUAGGCAGAGACUUCCGCGCGCAGCUUGCUACUUUGGUAUUAUUCCGGGUUGUGACGAGCAACGAGCACGUUAUCCGCAAGGGCUGGGCGCACAUUAUUCGGAUCUGGUUGAACCUUUUCGUCAAUUCGCUAAUACCCUCAUUCUUUUCAACUGAUUCGAGUUUGCUUUCUCUCCCAUCGAUUCCCCUCCAAAAUCCCUCUCAGAUCAUCGACCGGGCUGCCAAGCAAAACGAGACUGGCUUUUUCGCCUCAUUUACAUCAUACAUCACGAGUUAUGCGGCGGACGAUCCUCCGGAGCCGUCAGAUGAGGAGGAUCUGCCAGAAGAAGGCCUCGAGGCAUUGGUGGACGCUCUCCUUGACCAGAUUCCUGAAGACAGCUCGGGUAUCGUUAUAACGGUCAAGGCUGAGAACGCACCGCCCUCAUCUCCCCCCAAUGGAGCAAAGCCUCAGAACAGUGCUUCGUAUGAUCCGGGCUUGGUCUACAUAUUGGAAUUCUGUACAGUUCUUGCGCUUCGAGACGAAAAGUCCACCGAGUUGCUUGGCAAACGGGUUGUUGAGGCUCUUCAAGCCGUUCUACGGGAUACCAACAAUUAUCACCCCAUAAUCGUUGCAAGAGCAACAUUCUACCUUUUCCGACUCCUCAAAGCUACCUAUGAUUACGACUUCAUUCGGGCUCCCGUCCUGCUACACACUGUCUCCAGCUUCCCGAAAGGCGUCUUCAAGAAGACCUCUCAGCUGGUGCUCCAGGGGCUCAAGCUCUGCAUCGACGAGGCUGGUCCCUUGCGAAAUGAGAUCAUGACCUCGCCUGAUUUCUGGGCUAUCUUGCGGGCCUUGGCCGCUUUCCCUGAUACUGCACCAGUCGUCUUCGACAUUCUCGAGAGUGGCGUAAGCCCAUCGUCUACUGCCAUUAUGGCUGAUAACUACGAGGCAGCUAUCGCUUUGCUCAAUGAUAUCGCCUCAGCAGCAAAGGUGGGCGCUGUUAAGGAGCAGAAAGUAGAUCGCAAACAGCAACAGCGGAAACCUCGUACUCCGGUCAAGGAGACCCAUAGUGGUCAAGGCGAUAGCUUGGAGGAGGCAGUGCCCGAGAACUUGAAGAAUGUGCUCCUGUUUAUGUCGAGCAGCGGCUACCUGGUGCCUCCUAGCAAGGACCCGUCGCAGGAGAAGCUGUGGGUUGAGACCUGGAAGAGAAUCGAUCGUUUCUUGCCAGACCUACGGAGCGAGCUGGCCUUAGACGAGCCGAAGGGGCCAGAGGUAGAGGUACCACCUGCUGAGAAGGUUGAGGAGAAGGCUGCUUGA